AGAGAGAAACUCCGAGACUUUAGACGCGCUUUUCUAGGGGGAUAGGUUUCCAUUUGAGUUUGUACAAGUCUAAAAGUAAGGCCAACUAAGGUCGGAACUUAACUAGAAGCUAGGAGAUUCCGAUUGUAGUUAGCUUUAAUUUGUUUAGUCAAUCUCAUUUUCCUCGAAGAAAAUUUUAGUGUGGUUCUUUGUUUGGUCUAGGAUUUUUUGUUGGGUUUGUGUUUAUCUUAGGCUUUGUCUUUGGUUGUUGUAUGUGCACGGAAGCCGAGGCUUCUUCAAGCUCAAGCAAUGUUUCGUUAGAAGAAUCUAAUCGGAGCUAGUUUGGUGGGGAGAAAGUUCAGUUUUUUUUUGGGUGAUGUUUAGAGUGGAAGAGAGAGUUUUGAUUUUCAGAAGAGUUGGGUUUUGGUGUUAUGGUGGACUGAGAAUGAUAUGGAAAUUGAGUCAGAUGUUUACUGAGACUGGAUAGUUGGAGAGUUUAGUGGAUAAUGUCAAUUGUGGGGGAUCAUAUAGGAUGAGGAGCUUAGGAAUGAUUUGAGGGUUGCAACAUGAGUAGAAGUGGGAAUAGUGGAGGAAGAGAGCAGAGGAAUUCGGGUUCAAACGGUUCAAUUACGGCCCAGCAGCUGAAAGUCGACGAGAGCCUGCUGGUUGAUCCCAAGUUGUUGUUUAUCGGGUCGAAAAUUGGGGAGGGAGCUCAUGGGAAAGUUUAUGAAGGAAGGUAUGGUAGUCAGAUUGUUGCUAUCAAAGUUCUUAAUCGUGGGAGCACUUCUGAAGAAAGAGCUCAACUUGAGGAUCGGUUUGCCCGUGAAGUUAAUAUGAUGACUCGAGUAAAGCAUGAAAAUCUUGUCAAGUUUAUUGGAGCUUGUAAGGAUCCUCUUAUGGUGAUAGUUACUGAGCUAUUACCUGGAAUGUCACUGCGGAAGUAUCUCAUUAGUAUUCGUCCCAAUCCUUUGGAACUUCACGUGGCCAUUAGAUUUGCUCUUGACAUCGCUCAUGCAAUGGAAUGUUUACAUGCCAAUGGCAUUAUACAUAGAGAUCUAAAACCUGACAAUCUGUUGCUUACGGCAAAUCAGAAAUCUGUGAAGCUUGCAGAUUUUGGUCUUGCAAGAGAAGAAACUGUGACUGAGAUGAUGACUGCAGAAACUGGGACUUACCGUUGGAUGGCUCCUGAGCUAUAUAGCACUGUCACACUACGGCAAGGAGAGAAGAAGCAUUACAAUAACAAAGUUGAUGUGUAUAGCUUUGGGAUCGUCUUAUGGGAAUUGCUGACCAAUCGCAUGCCUUUUGAAGGCAUGUCUAAUUUGCAGGCUGCCUAUGCUGCUGCUUUCAAGCAAGAGAGGCCUCGACUUCCGGAGGAUCUCUCCCCUGAUCUUGCCUUCAUCAUCCAGUCAUGUUGGGUUGAGGACUCCAAUGUACGGCCUACAUUCAGCCAAAUCAUCCGCAUGCUCAACUCUUUCUUCUUCAAACUCACCCCCUCACCACCCCUAGCGGACAAUGACAGCAAGGAAGCAGCAGCUGCUGCGGCAAGUAACGGUACCAUUACUGAACUAUCUGCCCGGGCAAGAGGGAAGUUUUCUUUCAUUAGGCAUCUCUUCAAUGCUAAGAAGAACAAGAACACACAAUCAAGCUGACCAAACUUUUUCGAAUCCAUCUCUUUGUUUCACCUGACGCAACACCUUGCGGGAGAUUUGGUAUAAACAAUGUUUAGUGACUUUAUUUAACUACGGAGACAAUGAUGGAAUCAAAGGGAUUCGGGACGGUUCACAUUGUGUAGGUGACUUGAUUGUGAAGAAAAACUACUUGGUUUUGGAAAUUUCUCCUCAUACCAAUGGUACCUCCCUCUCAAUAAACAUAGUGUAUUUUCACAAAUU